AUGUACUUUCAAACAAGUCGUCGGUUUUUCAGUAAACAGUCGUACGAUGCGAUUGUCAUUGGAGGAGGUCACAAUGGCCUCACCGCGGUUAGUUUUCGUCCACAUUCACCCGAAAUGAAAGUGAAUUCAGGCUGCGUAUCUUGCGAAAGCAGGCAAGAAAGUGUGUGUUCUGGAACGUCGUCAUGUGCUUGGAGGAGCCGCUGUCACCGAAGAAAUGGUGCCGGGAUUCCGGUUCUCACGGGCCUCCUACUUGCUCAGUCUCUUGCGGCCAGUCGUGAUGCAGGAGCUGAAUCUGAAGAAGUACGGUCUCCGCUAUCACAUCCGUAACCCGAAUUCGUUCACUCCGAUACGAGACAGCAAUAAAAGUCUGUUGCUUGGAAUGGAUAUGGCUGAAAAUCAGAGGGAGAUCGCACAGUUCUCACAGAGAGACGCGGAGAACUAUCCGAAGUACGAGCACUUUAUCUCCGAAGUAGUGCACGCAUUCGAACCGUUGAUGGACUAUGAGCCAAUUGAUCUCCAAAGACCGAUUCAUAAGCUGCUCCCUCAUCUGUAUCUUCUCUUCAAAACUGUCCAGCCACUGGGACUCAGGAAUGCGGUCGAUUUCUACGAGCUAAUGACUGCUCCGAUAUCUAAGAUCAUGAACAAGUGGUUCGAAAGCGAUGUUCUGAAGGCAACUCUCGGAACUGACGGAGUCAUUGGAUUGGCUGCAAGUCCUAUGGAUCCUGGAACCGGGUGAAACUUCCCGUUCUUCACUGUUUCACUCACUCGGUUCUUUCAGCUACGUUCUACUCCACCACGUCAUCGGAGGACUUGAUGAGCACAAAGGAGCUUGGGGAUACGUGUACGGUGGAAUGGGAGCGGUGUCCGAGGCAAUUGCGGAAUGCGCAAAGAGCCACGGAGCAGAGAUUCACACAGAGCAGGAAGUGCAGGAAGUGCUUCUGGAUGGGAAUGUCGCCAAGGGAGUGAGGUUGGCCGACGGAAAGGAGCUCCACGCAAAGAUCGUAUUGUCGAAUGCGACUCCGCAUGUCACUUUCAAUCAACUCGUGCACAAGGAUUCCCUUCCUUCCGACUUUCAUCGGGCGAUCAACCAAAUUGAUUACACCUCUCCGGUCACAAAGAUUAAUGGUAUUUUGCUACUUUGAUAGUUCCAUCUCUUUGAUUAUUUUCCAGUGGCUGUGAAAGAACUUCCGAACUUCUUGGCCAAACCAAAUCAAGGAUCGGAACCAAUGCCUCAUCAUCAAACGACUAUCCAUAUGAACUGCGAGAACAUGCAAGUUGUUCAUGACGCCGUCAUUGAUUUCAAGAACGGAAGAUACAGUCGCAGGUGACACUUGUAUGCUGAUCCGAUUCCAAAUGAUAUUUGCAGGCCAGUAAUUGAAAUGACGAUUCCAUCCUCAGUGGACAGAACGAUUGUGGACGGUGCAGACGGCCAUGUCGUCCUCCUUUUCACCCAAUAUACUCCGUUCUCGCCAGUGGACGGAGAAUGGACGGAAGAAAAGAAAGCAGAGUACGCGAGACACGUCUUUUCGGAGAUCGAUGCUUAUGCGCCCAACUUCUCUUCGAGCGUCAUCGGAUAUGAUAUCUUGACCCCGCCGGACAUUCAGAAUACGUUUGGAAUCACCGGAGGAGUUUGUUGAGUCACGAGGAAACAUGAAUAAGUUUAUGUAUUUCAGAACAUCUUCCACGGAUCCAUGAGCCUAGAUCAACUGUAUCUCUCCCGUCCGAUCAGCAAAUGGAGCAAUUACUCGACGCCGAUUGAUUCCCUUUAUCUGUGCGGAAGCGGUGCUCAUCCGGGAGGAGGUGUUACAGGAGCGCCCGGCCGUUUGUGUGCCCUUCAUGCUCUGAAACACAUUUAG